AUGCAAAUAAACGAUAAAACUCAUUUGGUUCCUCAGAAAAAUCAAGAUCUAUUUACAAGGAAUGGGCAUUCCCUCAAACUUAGCUUAAACAGAUGCAUAUUUGCAAUUUUAGCUUACUUUAAUUGAACUCAUGGAUUUUCAAGUACCGAUGGAGACCAUGCAUAUAUCAAACAGAAAUUUCUAGAGUAUUCAGAGAUUUUGACUAUAUAA